UUGACUAGUGCAGAGAAGGCCUAUCUCACCUUCGUAUCAACAGUGCAUCAACAGAUCCGCCUCCAGCCGAGAAGGUCACUUUUUCGUAACAGUACAAGGAGCAGUGUAUCGUUAUACAAUAAUGGCAGAACUUUCAGGUUUGCAUUUGCCUUGUCACAUAUCUCUCAAACGGGCAGCGUCUAUAUUACCGUCUCUGUUACUAUAGAACGAUAUUUAGCAGUUUGCCAUCCUAGGCGCAGUAAACAAAUGUGUAAUCCGGGAGGAGCUGCAUGGACGAUUCUGGGCGUUACCACAUUUGCAGUAUUAUUCAAUGCCACGAAGUUUUUUGAGCUAGAGGUCACUGUCAAUCCCGCCUGUCCUGAAGGAAAAGACUGGCAAAGUUACAUACUGCUGCCAUCAGUGAUGGCAGCGAACCCACUUUAUCAACAGGUGUAUGCGUUAUGGCUUACCAAUAUAGUGAUGGUCUUUCUACCAUUUCUCACUCUGCUCAUUUUAAAUGCCUAUAUCGCUUACACGAUCCGAAGAAGUUUGAAGAAAUUCGAUAAUCAUCAGCAGAAACUACCGGAUCGAAGUGAACUGAAAGAGAAAAGUAGAGAAGCGACACUUGUAUUGGUGAUUAUCGUCUGUAUUUUCCUUAUAUGUAAUUUUUGGGGUUUCGUUCUGACUCUCCUUGAACGGAUUGUCGAUCAUGAAACUUUGAUGGUGAAAUAUCAUGCUUUUUAUACUUUCUCUCGAGAAGCAAUCAACUUCCUGGCAAUAAUUAAUUCGUCGAUUAAUUUUGUUAUUUACAUAGUAUUCGGUAGAGAAUUCAGGAAGGAGUUGGUUAUUGUUUACGGUUGCGGAAUGCGUAGUAUUACUAUGCGAUUACCGGUACAGGACAAGUUUAAUAUAUGGCGAACUUGGGGCAAGCGGGCCAGAGAAGUGCGGCAGUCGAUCCGUGGUAAAAAUAAUCUAAGCGCUCGAAUGUCAUCGGCUACAUCAAACCUGGAAUUCUGCACACUCGAUCAUCUAGAGCAGUCUCGAAUCGUACAGGAAUCCAAAGACGUAAAUGGGCAGCAUUCAAGGAAAAACAGUUCACCGAAUCGCGUAGUUCAGAAAGGCUCGGGUGCGCAGUACAAUUCAAUGAACGAGGAACGAGCAGAAUAA